GCUCCUUUGGCACGGACGCUCCUCCGCGACGACGCGCGCGCACCGACGUCCGGGCCCCCCACCCCCCACCCCCUACCGGAUACCUGCCGGCCCGGGGUCCUCGCCCCUCCACCACACCUCUGGAUUACAGAGCCGCCGCAGCGCUGGAUUGUGCGCCGCUCGCGGACUCCGACCGUUGUGUGUGUUUGCGCGUGUUCGGCCGACCACGACAACCACCAGCAAGAUGGAAAUAGGCUUGAGCGAGCCCUGCAUGCCAAAGGAAUGGUGGCCGAACCGAAUGAACCAGCUGUGUAAGGUGUGUGGAGAGCCCGCCGCUGGAUACCACUUCGGCGCCUUCACCUGCGAAGGUUGCAAGUCCUUCUUCGGCCGGACGUACAACAACCUUGCAGCUCUUGGCGAGUGCAAGAACAGCGGCCAGUGCGUUAUCAACAAGAAGAACAGGACAUCUUGCAAGAGCUGUAGACUGAAGAAAUGUCUCAUGGUCGGCAUGUCCAAAAGCGGGUCCCGAUACGGGCGCCGAUCCAACUGGUUCAAGAUCCACUGCCUGAUCCAGGACCAGGCGGAGAUGAGCUCCCGCAUCGCCGAACAGCACCACCAACUGGGCGCAGCCGCGUCAGCGCACCAGCUCACGGCGCUUUACGACAAGGACGUUUUGGGGGGCUUCGGCGCAAAGGCCGAAGAAGGCAACGGCGCCACUUCGCCACUCUCGUCUUCGGACAAGCCGCCGUCGUCACCAGCGUCCUAUCCUCCGCCAUCGUCGUCGGCCAGCACGUUCGCGUCCACGCCGUCGGCUUUUGAAACGAAAUCAUCGAACGGCGAGAGCCCGACCAACGCGGAUGCGCUGGCCUACCAUUCCAUGUCGCCCGUGUCGCCGAUCUCGCCGCUGCAUCCGAGCAAGUUCUUCUUCCACCCUGGCGCUGGCGUCUUUUUCGGCAAGGCGCCCGUGUCGCACAACGGCCUGUCCAAAUUUUUCGCCGACGCCGGUGGCGCCAUGGCGUAUCCGUACUCGCCGCGCUUUAUGCCGUUCGGGGCCCUGAAGCCGUACCGGGAUCUACUUCACCCGUCGACGUUGCUUGUGAAUGGCGAGUGCCUGGCCGACCUGCCCGAGCAGGAGCGACCCAUCGACCUCUCGGUACGUAAGCCGUGCUCCCCGAGCGCCUCGCCUGCCGACGGCCACGCCGAAGAGCUUGACACCCAGGACAGUGACGUCAAGCCCGCGCUGCAGGCACCUUGCUCCUCCGGCGCCGAGAUCCCACUCGACUUGCGGAGCGCCAAGAAGUGAUGCCCCCCAGCCCCUUUCGCCAGCCGUCCACGUGUUCAUAGGGACUCGCCGCCGGAACAAAGGUCGCAGUGUGUGUGCCUGUUUGUGUGCGUGUGUCGAGAGCUGUAAUACUGUGUAAUAUAUGCCCCCUACCGAAGGACGCUUAUGGACCACAGAGAGAGAACUAUGUCGACGACAGGGAAACUUGUGUGAGCCUGCUCUUUGUAAUAGUAGAACUUCGAAGGGACCGCUGUGGCCCCGUCUGUCUUUUACUGUGUUUUAUCCCUCUCUCAAUUCACUAAGGGCAUUGCAGAAGACAGCCAAGCGUCUCGUUGCGAUCUGUCGGUCUUCUAACUCGUUCCUCCUUGUCUUCGCGUAUCCUGUUUCCAAUGUUCCUAUUUGCCCUUCUCAGACUUGGACCACCGACCAUUCUACAUCGCUACCAAAAGUUGUGCCUUUUCGUGAGACAUGCUCUUUUCUUCCGCGCCUCCUGCCCGAGAGAUGGCGCCGCAGGAGUGUCCUUUGGCGGGACGACAUUGGCUGGGCGACUCGUCCGGUCCGAGCCGCCACCAGUAUUACGUCUCGUGCUGCCAUCAGUGCCUGCUCCGUACAGCUACAGUGCUUGUCCGAGAGUCCCGCCAGGCGACGUUGCUAACAAACUGCCAGGGUCGUCGCUGGCGCCAAAGGCCCUGGUCGCGGACGCAGACACGCUCCCUGUACAUCCCCCCAUACGCAGUCUGCCCGUCCAAAUUGCUGUCUGUGUGCCACGAAGACAAUCGCUGCUCACCGGAAUCAUUGUACAAAAUUCACCAACCAUUCCAAGAGAGGCCUUCAUACGCAUGUUUCGAAAUGUCGUUGUUUUUUAAGCGUUUAAUGUUUCUUCUAUUCCCACUGUGAUAAAAGCCUUCGAACCAGGCGG